AUGGAAGGAUUUAUAUCAGGUGGCUGCUUCUCUGCUUCUCCUACUACUGCUAAUGCUACUAAUGCUGCUACUACCACCACCACUACUACUACUACUACUACAAUUGGUGCUACUGCUGCUGCUACUACUGCUGCUGCUACUGCUGCUGCUGCUACUGUUGCUGUUGCUACUACUACCACUACUAUUACUAAUACUGGUGCUGUUACUUUAACUACUACUACUACUACUACUACUGAGGCUGCUGCUGCUGCUACCACUACUAUUACUACUACUGGUGCCACUACUAUUACCACUACUACUACUACUGAGGCUGCUGCGGUUACUACCACUACUAUUACUACUACUGGAGCUACUGCUGCUUCUGAUACUACUACUACUGCUGCUGCUGCUGUUGCUACCACUACUAAUACUACUACUGGUGCUACUGCUGAUGCUACUACUAUUAGUACUUCUACUACUAUUACUACUACUACUGCUGCUGCAACUACUACUACUACUACUACUACUACUACUGCUGCUACUACUGUUCUGCUACAGUUAGACGUCCACUGUUCCUGCUGUCAGUAUUCUGACUAA